AUGGCUGAAGAUGGCAUGCUCCUGAAUUUUUCUAUUGGUGACAAUGUCAUCAAGCCAGAAGCCAAGUUCAAGGGAGGGACGUGGCGGGCUCGUCUCUCUGCGAAAAAGCGUUCCCAGCACAUACCGACUGGCGACGGAGGUACGAAUCGAAGAAACGCCGAUUCCAAGAAUCCGAAUAAGAUCCAGGUCCCAUCUACACGGCCAGCGAAGCGACAGAAGACCAACGAUUCGUCGAGAGGAGCAGGUGGCGACGGAGGUCAUCGAUCACGCCCUCAGCAGAAGAACCCCCACGAUUUCGUCUCGUCGCUUUUCACCAGUAACCCCGAACCCAAAAAUGUCGAAGAGCACAAGAAGGAUGAGGAUCUGGAGGACGCGAAGCCUACUAAUGCCCCGCUGAUCGACGGGAUCGAUACAUUCACCAACCUGGGCCUGUCGCCCCAACUCGCCGCCCACUUGCUCACCAAACUCGAACUGAAGGCGCCGACGGCUAUUCAAAAGAGCUCGAUUUCGCAAUUACUAAAGGAGGAAAGCGAUGCGUUCAUUCAGGCCGAAACGGGCUCCGGAAAGACUCUUGCCUAUCUUCUCCCGCUGGUGCAGCGCCUCAUCGAUCUUUCGAAGGCCUCCAAAGAUGCCGGGGUGCACCGCGACAGUGGAUUGUUUGCGAUUGUUCUCGCUCCCACUCGUGAACUGUGCAAGCAGAUCUCUGUUGUCCUGGAGAACGUCCUCCGGUGUGCGAACUGGAUUGUUGCGGGGACAGUCAUCGGUGGAGAAAAGAAAAAGUCGGAAAAAGCGCGUUUAAGGAAAGGUCUGAAUAUAUUGGUCGCUACUCCCGGACGGUUGGCGGACCAUCUCGACAAUACGGAAUCUUUGGAUGUCAGCAGCGUUCGGUGGUUGGUACUGGACGAAGGUGACCGCUUGAUGGACUUGGGUUUCGAGGAGGAACUGCAGGGAAUUGUCAAGAAACUCGAUGCCCGACAACGACCGAGUCGCAUUCCGGGGGUCCCCACCCGGAGAACUACAAUCUUGUGUUCGGCUACAUUGAAGAUGAAUGUUCAGCGACUGGGUGAAAUUAGUUUGAAGGAUGCGGUGCAUAUCAAGGCGAAUCCAGCCGACGAGGACGUGGAAACUCGCACCAAGUCUGAGGCAGAUGAGGCAUUCCGGGUGCCAGCACAGUUGAAGCAGUCGUACGCCAUUGUUGCUGCAAAGCUACGUUUGGUCACAUUGGUUGCUUAUCUGAAGAGAACUUUCAUUCGGAAGGGCUCUGUGAUGAAGGCUAUAGUAUUUGUUUCCUGUGCAGAUGAGGUCGACUUUCUCUUCGAGGUCUUCUCGAGAAAGCACGGCGAGAGAGGAAACAAAACCAGCGACGAUGACGAAGAAUCCGAGAUAUCCGAAGACGAGGAAGAAAAAGCAAAGAAACCCGAAAACGACAAGCUGGCCCAGCACGGCACCGUCGCCCCAGGCACGGCCUUCUCAAAUCCUUCCAACCCCGUAACGCUCCACCGACUGCACGGCUCUCUCCCUCAACACGUUCGAACAUCUACCCUCAACUCAUUCACACGCAGCACCACCGCCUCCGUCCUUAUCUGUACCGACGUUGCAUCCCGAGGACUGGAUGUCCCCAACGUCGACCUAGUCAUCGAAUAUGACCCAGCAUUCAGUGCGGAUGACCACACUCAUCGCAUCGGUCGUACCGCCCGUGUCGGGCGCGAUGGCCGCGCUCUGAUCUUCCUGCAACCAGGUUGCGAAGAGAACUACGUCGAGGUGCUCAAGCGUGGCUACCGAGACGGCGGCAAAGCGCUCACCCGGACGGAUGCCAACGAAAUUCUACGGCGCGGCUUCGGCGGCAACACAGAUUCAGACCGCAAGAACAAGAAUUGGGAGGAGAAGACGACAGACUGGCAGAUGGACGUUGAGCGCUGGGCGCUCGAGAACCCGCAAUACCUGGAGAUGGCACGCCGUGCAUUCCAGUCGCACGUGCGAGCCUACGCUACGCAUAUUGCUGCGGAGCGGAGUAUGUUUGAUAUCAAACAGCUUCAUCUGGGCCAUCUUGCGAAGAGUUUUGCUUUGCGGGAUCGGCCGGGCAAGAUCAAUGUUCCUGGUCUGCGACCUGGACAGGAGGAGACCAAGAAGGACUUCAAGGCGAGCCGUGGUGGAGCGAAGAGGAAGGCUGGAGAUGAUGUGCCUGCCCUGCGCCGUCUAGCACGGAUGACGCCGCGCGCAAGAUGA